AUGCCAUCUGAAGCAGAGGUAUUGGAUUCGGAAUUUUGGCUGUUUGGCUACGGUGAAGACCAUCGAGGCACGCCUGAAGCGCCAGGUCGAGUCGUAACAUUGAUUGAGCGCUCGUUCUGGGAGACUCUCGACGACCCCCAUUCCGGAUCCGACAAGGUCUGGGGCACCGCAUAUCGCAUACAAGCCGGCAAGGAAGCCGAAGUGCGAGAGUACCUCGACAUCAGGGAGAUCAACGGAUACACGAUCCACUAUACGCCGUUCCACCCAUCCGACGGCUCCGCUACCAUCAGGACGUUGGUAUACAUUGGAACCCCCGAUAAUGACCAGUUCAUGGGACCGCAAGAUCCACAGCGGUUAGCUGAGCACAUCCACAGGAGCGUCGGUCCAAGUGGACUGAAUAGAGACUACCUUCUAAGCCUUGAUACUGCUCUGAAUACUUUGAGUGCGGAGAGUAGAGAUGAGCAUAUCAAAGAUCUGGCACUAAGAGUCAGAGAGCUCAUGCAGCGUGUCGACAGCAGUUAG